AUGCAGUUCGGAACAAUCGUCACAGCAUUCGCCUUACUCGCCCUUGGGGUUAACGGCAACGAACAGACGGCCGCCGACUUCAGGCUUGCUCCUCGAGGCGAGGACUGGCUUAACCACGACUAUGACCCCAGGGAGCCGGUUAACCCCAACAACGAGAUUGUCCCAGGUAACACCUUACCAUGGAACUUUUGCCGUGUUGACAUUUCAUCCUCUGGUGCUCCAAUUACUCUGCCGAUUUAUUUGAAGCCUUACCAACCCGGCAGAUUCCAGACCGCCUAUUUUAAGUUGACUGUCAAGCCCAAUGGCGACUGUACCAAGGUUUCAGCGAUUCACCUGGAGGGAGAUGUGGGAUCGCGUUGGAGCCUUCAGGUUCACAAGGUUCGUGCCUAG